AUGAUCCGUUCAGCCAGAGCCUUUGCUUCUGUUGCGCCACGGGCCACUGCAAUCGCUGCAAUUGCCCGUCCUGCUAUUCUUCGAUCUAUUGCUGUUCCUCUCAUCUCUAUUGCCACUAGUACUAGUGGUAGUGCACGUUCCUUUUCGGCAACUCCAACCCCCCACUCAUCUAAAACUGUAAAACUCACCAGCGAAACAUACCCAGAAAUCAAGCGUGCUGAUUUCUCUAAAAUCUCUGCUGAAGACAUUGCAUUCUUCAAGUCUGUUCUUCCAGAAACUGCUGUCCUUGAGGCUUCCAAAGAUGACCUCGAAAACUAUAACCAGGACUGGAUGCGCAAAUACAAGGGCCAGGCUCAAAUUGUCCUCAAACCUUCCAACGCUGAACAAAUCUCUAAAAUUCUUCAACACUGCAAUCAGCGUCACCUGGCAGUCGUCCCACAAGGUGGUAACACUGGUUUGGUCGGUGGCUCUGUUCCUGUGUUUGAUGAAAUUGUCAUUUCUCUCACAAACAUGAAUAAGGUCCGCUCUUUCGACCCAGUCACCGGUAUACUUGUUGCCGACGCUGGUCUCAUUCUCGAAAAUGCAGACCAAUAUGUGGCUGAACAUGGCUUCAUUUUCCCCCUCGACCUUGGUGCUAAAGGAUCCUGCCAUAUUGGUGGUAAUGUUGCUACUAACGCUGGUGGUCUAAGACUUCUCCGCUACGGAUCUCUUCAUGGCUCUGUUCUCGGCAUUGAGGCCGUUCUCGCUGACGGUACCAUUGUCCACAACCUUAGCAAGCUCCGUAAAGACAAUACUGGCUAUGAUCUGAAACAGCUUUUCAUUGGCUCUGAAGGAACCCUCGGUGUCAUCACUGGUGUUUCUAUUCUGUGCCCCCCACGCCCCACUGCCGUAAAUAUUGCCUUCCUUGGUCUAGAGUCAUUUGAAAAGGUCCAGGAGACUUUUGUCAAGGCCAAGAGAGAGCUUUCAGAAAUUCUUUCUGCCUUUGAGUGCAUGGACAAUACUACCCAAGAUCUUGUGGAAAUGCACACUGACCUUGUGCGCCCACUUUCUGAAAAGUACCCCUUUUAUGUUCUCAUUGAGACUAGUGGAUCCUCCAAGGAACAUGACGACGAAAAACUCGCUGCUUUCCUUGAAAGUGCCAUGUCUGGUGAAAAUGCUGACGGCUCAACUUCUGAGCCCGUCAUUCUUGACGGUGUUCUUGCUCAAGAUUCCACCGAUGUCCAUAAUCUGUGGCAAUGGCGUGAACUUAUCCCAGAAGCUCUCAGCAAGAAUGGUGGUGUAUAUAAGUACGACGUCAGCAUUCCACUCAACCGUCUUUAUGAUCUUGUCAUUGAUGUUCAAAAACGUCUUGCAGAUGGUGGUGUUGUUGAUGGUGAUGCCCAUAACUCGUCCCCUGAUGCUCUUCCUGUGAUUGCCGCUGCAGGCUACGGCCACAUUGGCGACGGCAACUUGCACUUGAACGUUUCUGUUCGCCGCUACGACAAGGCCGUCGAGAAGUUGUUGGAACCCUAUGUUUAUGAGUGGAUUGAAAAGGUCCAAGGUUCUAUUUCUGCAGAACAUGGUCUUGGUCUUCAGAAAAAGAAUUACAUUGGGUACUCUAAGAAUGAAGGCAUGCUUGCACUCAUGCGUAGAACCAAGAAUGAGUACGAUCCCAAUGGAAUCCUCAACCCAUACAAGUACCUUUAA